GGCAGUGUGUUUGAGGAAGACUAGGAGAGGAUUUUAAGAGUGAGUUGCCUUUAGGUUAUAGGCUACAUUUGUAGCUAGUAGAGGUCAAGAAAAAGUAGAGCCCUGUCUUUAUUAGAGAAAUAAAUAAUCUGAGAAAUUAAAGUCUCAAAGAAGCCGGACUGUGCAGUGUACACGCCCUUAUAAAUUUCUUAUCAGUAACUCAAUAAAACCUCACAGUUCUUCUUCACCCUGUUCUCUCCUUUGGUAAAAUUUCCCCAGUUGUUUCUUGUAUCUUUCUGGUGUUAGUGAAGCUUUGCAAGCUUGCAACUCUAAUGGCCAAGAAGCCAAGAAUUGUAAUAAUCGGAGCAGGGAUGGCUGGUCUUACUGCAGCUAACAAGCUCUAUACUUCCACUGGCUCCAAAGAUUUGUUUGAGCUAUAUGUUGUUGAAGGUGGCACUAGAAUUGGUGGCAGAAUCAACACUUCAGAGUUUGGUGGUGACAGAAUUGAGAUGGGAGCUACUUGGAUCCAUGGUAUAGGAGGCAGCCCUGUUCACCAAAUUGCUCAAGAAAUCCAUGCACUUGAGUCUGACAAACCAUGGGAGUGCAUGGAUGGCUUCUCGGAUGAGCCUAAGACCAUUGCCGAAGGUGGUUUCCAGUUAAAUGCCUCUAUUGUUGACCCCAUAUCGACUCUUUUCAAGAACUUGAUGGAUUUUGCUCAGGGAAAGCUGACUGAAGAGAGUGCACGCAGUGGAGAUGUUCGUUACUAUAAUUUUGCAGCUAAAGCAGCAUCCAAAGGUUGUACAAGCAAUGGUGGCUUUGGUAACAAAAGUGUCGGUGCUUUUCUUAGACAAGGCCUUGAUGCUUAUUGGGAUUCUUCCAAGGACCGUGACGAGCUCAGAGGAUAUGGUAAAUGGAGCAGAAAGUUGCUAGGAGAAGCCAUUUUUGCCAUGCAUGAAAACACGCAAAGGACUUAUACUUCAGCUGGUGAUCUGUUGACUCUAGAUUUUGAAGCAGAAAGCGAGUACCGCAUGUUUCCUGGUGAAGAAAUCACUAUUUCCAAAGGUUACUUGAGCAUAAUCGAAUAUCUUGCAUCUGUUCUUCCUCCUGGAGUUAUCCAAUUAGGCCGCAAAGUCUCAAGAAUUGAAUGGCAACCUGAGAGUCAUCAAUCUGUAGAAAUGGCAAACGGUUAUGAUUCCAGGCCUGUGAAGAUACACUUCUUUGAUGGAUCGGUUAUGUCAGCUGAUCAUGUGAUAGUCACAGUUUCACUGGGGGUCCUAAAAGCUGGAACUUGUCCAGAUUCAGGUAUGUUCAAUCCUCCCCUUCCUUCUUUCAAGACAGAGGCUAUAUCAAGACUCGGAUAUGGUGUUGUUAACAAGUUGUUUCUCCAACUGUGUCCAACUGGUAAGCGAAAAGCCAAAGAUAUGAACAAAUUUCCUUCCUUGCAAAUGGUUUUUCAUCCUUCAGAGUCCGACUUAAGACAUAAAAAGAUCCCAUGGUGGAUGAGGAGGACAGCUUCUCUGUCUCCCAUUUAUAACAAUUCAAGCGUCCUGCUAUCAUGGUUUGCAGGGAAAGAAGCUCUUGAGCUUGAAACACUUAGUGAUGAAGAGAUUAUAAACGGAGUGUCAACUACAGUGUCUAGUUUAUUAUCACAACCCCACGCGGCAGUUAAGUCCAAUUCUCAUGAAUUCUGCAACGGGAAUUUGAAAUCUGUAGAGAGCUUGGGUGACAGUGAAGUAAGAUUUGCUAAGGUUUUGAAGAGCAAAUGGGGUCGUGACCCUCUAUUCUUGGGAUCUUACAGUUAUGUCGCGGUUGGAUCAAGUGGUGAUGAUUUGGACACAAUGGCUGAACCAUUACCAAAGGUUCGGAGCUGUGAGUCAGCUGGUGUGCAUCCACUUCAAAUUUUGUUUGCUGGGGAGGCUACACACAGAACCCACUAUUCUACUACCCAUGGAGCUUAUUUUAGUGGUCUAAGGGAAGCCAAUAGGCUUCUGCAACACUACCAUUGUGUUGGAGUUUAGACUUAGCAAUUUAAUUUAAUUUUUUUUUAAUACCUAUUUUGCUCAUAUUCCAUCUAAAGCAUCUUUCUUUCUCUUUCUUUAAAGUAAGUAAGAGUGAACGAGAGCAAAAGAGGGAAAAAAGAAAAGAAAUGGGGGGAAUGAAAGAGAUAGAUGGGGACAUUUUUAGAUGUAUGGCAUGAAUUAAAGAAGCUUCUUUGUCA